GGUAUGCAUCAGCGGGUUAGAUCGUGCUACGGAGCACUCCGUAGCACUCUGUAACCAUGUGUAAUGAAUUACGUUUCCCUGAUGUGGCGUGCCCCACUCCGCUGCCAUAUAAAUAAUGUGAUCAAUCCACAUGCAUGAAGGCAGACUGAUCUUGUUAUCACUGUUAUUCUCAACAUCAUACCAUAUCAUACAAAUCACUAUGGCUGAGCGUUGUGCAGCUGAAGGUUGUACCAGUUGGGCUGUUAGCGCUAGUCGGUACUGUGAUCAGCACAAGCCUGCUGGAGCGCCGCGUGACCCUCAGAUUCGCAAGACAUGGAAAGGCCUGUCUCAUUUCAGCCUUAUCGGCUUCGGGAAACUCGUCGGGUAUUGAGCAUGACUCCGCCAAUGGCACGUGUAAGCAUCUGCAGGAUUGUUGCCAGUAAUUUUGGGUCUUGUAGUGUCAGAUUCUCUCGACCUCAUAGAGAAAUGUUACCGUCGUCACCCAGAGACAUA